AGUCAUUUACGCGGUAUAGACCGCAACGCACGGAAAAAAUUGUAUCUAACGAACUGGCCGGAAAAAAAAAUACCUGAAUUAAAAACAUCUGUCAGAGGAUAAUCAAUUGGACAUAUUUAACAAGUCAAUCUGACGUUCCGUGUGUGCUAAAUCCUGAGUGUAAUUGUGGUGAAUUCCUUUGAUAUAUCAACAGAGUAAUACCUGUGCGGUCGCUGAAUAUUUUUUGAAAUACCACCGGUCAGCUAAGCAAGUUUCAGACAAAGUUGCGUGUGCGCAUACGACGACCUGCCAGAGGUGUUCAGUCGCAUGCCGGCCGUCACUGUGUGAACACCUCCACGCCCGCAUGGAUGCCGAAUGACGAGUGAUGUGUUGUGUUGUGUGACAGUGCUGUUAUAUAUCGUGAUUUAAAAUAAAUAGAAUUAAAAAAAAAACAAACCAAAAUGCAGGGCCGUGACAAGUUGUGUGCAAAGUUAACCAGCGCGUUCUUAAGGAAAUGGUGGUUCGUGCUGGCUAUGGCAGUGAUCCUGUUGCUACUGGGUAUCAUAUGCGCAGUAUUCUUUGGGACAUGGGUGCGACUCUUCAUAGAUCAUGAGCUGGUGCUACGCCCUGGCUCGAUGACGUUCGAGUGGUGGGCGCGGCCCCCGGUGCGACCGUUCGUUCACGUCUACGUAUACAACGUGACAAACGCUGACGAGUUCCUAAAUAACGGCUCCAAGCCGGUGCUCGACGAGCUUGGGCCUUACGUCUACUUAGAAGAGUGGGAGAAGGUUAACAUCACUGACAAUGAGAAUGGUACCCUCUCGUUCCACUACAAGCGAACGUACACAUUCCAGCCGGAUAUGAGUUCCGGCCCUGACGACGACGCGGUGGUGGUGCCGAAUAUACCUAUGCUGAGCGCAACCUCACAAUCGAAACACGCGGCGCGGUUCCUCCGCCUAGCGAUGGCUUCCAUCAUGGAUAUAUUGAAGAUUAAACCAUUCGUGGAGGUGUCAGUGGGCCAGCUGCUGUGGGGCUACGAGGACCCGCUGCUCAAGCUGGCCAAAGACGUAGUUCCCAAAGAACAGAAAUUACCUUACGAAGAGUUUGGACUAUUUUAUGGAAAAAAUGGUACCUCUCCGGAUCCCGUCACAAUGUUCACGGGCGCACUAGAUAUGACAAAGUACGGUAUCGUGGAACGUUACAAUUUCCGCGACCGCCUGCCACAUUGGACCACGGACCAAUGCAACAGCAUCGCCGGCUCUGACGGCUCCAUAUUCCCCCCACACAUCACCAGGAACGACACGCUGGGCGUAUACGACAAAGACUUGUGCAGACUACUGCCGUUGCAAUACCUUCGUGAUGUGGAAUCAUCCGCCGGCGUCGAAGGUUACAGAUUCACGCCCCCUGAGAACGUAUUCGCUGACGACGAACACAACAAGUGCUUCUGCCCAGCCGGCCCACCGUGUGCACCGAACGGACUGUUUAAUGUGUCCUUGUGCCAAUACGAUUCGCCGAUAAUGCUGUCGUUCCCCCACUUCUACUUGGCCGAUCCGAGUUUCAGGGAAGCCGUGGAGGGGAUUUCUCCCCCAGAACCAGAGAAGCACAGACUAUUCAUUGACGUACAACCGGAAAUGGGUAUUGCGAUGCGAGCGCGUGCCCGCAUACAGAUCAACCUGGCCGUUUCUCAGGUGGUGGAUAUCAAACAGGUCGCCAAUUUCCCCGACAUCGUGUUCCCCAUUCUUUGGUUCGAAGAGGGCAUCGACGAGUUACCUGACCAAGUGACGUCACUGCUCCGACUAGCGACCAAAGCGCCGCCGCUAGCGCGCGCCAUCCUCGGCUGGGGACUGUCGGCGCUGGGCGCGCUGCUCAUACUGCUCGCGGUCACCUGCCUCAUACGUUCAUCACAUCGCCAAAGCACGUUGAGAUUGGAGGGCCACGCUGUUGCCAAACCACCACCAGCCAAAACCCCAAGCAAAGAAAACGGUUACGAACUUAACAGCAGAAGAUAACUAUAACACAAACGUAAAUUUUAUUUAUAUGACAUAAAACUCGAAUAUCAAGUCCCCUCUUCCCCAAUAAAUCUUUAAAUAGACGAAUCUCUAAUUGGCUGACUUCAUUCAAUGAAUAAAUGGCUGACUUCAAUGAAACAAAAGACUGCUCUCAACGAAUAUUUUGCUAUGAAGUUGUUUAUAUUAUGUAAAAUAGACAGGUGCUUAGUGCAUAAAUGUAAUUUAAAAAAAUUGAAGUCUUAGCUAUGUAUUUAUUGAAGUAGUUUACUUUUUAAUAAACAAUUUCAUAAAUGGUAUUUUAACAUGACAUAAUCUGUAUAAGACAUCUAUUUUUAGACAAAUGCUAUCAUCACAAUUUUUAGUUCGAAUAACACAAUUCUAUUUAGGAAAAUCUAAGUUCUUCCGUUGCAUGUAAUUAAGUAGUUCUGUACAAAAAGUAUUAAACUAUUCGAACCAAGUCAGUAAUUGCCAGAUAAUCACAUUUAAAACUAAUCACACCAUUAUCUCAUUAUCAUAUCACAAGUUAUUAGAUCCUCUAAACAGUACAAUCCCAUUGGAUUUCUUUUACAAAGGGUACUUAUAGAUUAUAACUGCUACAGUAGUGAAUACAUUAGCAUAUACAUAACUCAAUAAUAAGUACGGGAGUUUGAGUUAAAGAAAAAAUGCAUAUACGUUAUAAUGUACUUAUAUUAUUACACGAUUUCAAUUUUUAAAGGAGUUGGGGACAUAAAAGUAACUUUUCGCGUUAUAAAUCAUUCCACGAAGACUUACUUUUAACAAUUGUAAACGUAAUUUUUAUGGUUUCUACUGUAAAAACUUUUUAUGGCGCAAAGAAAAUGUUAAAAAGUCGAAUUUUUGGCAUUUUUAGUUUGUUUUUAUCGAUCUUAUACCACCUUGUACGUUGCUAUUUUUAUUAUUCUUAAGAUUUAAAAUUGUGAUAGCAUUGUCAUAUUCCCUUCAAUGUUAAAAAUAAAAUAUUCAAUAUUUGAACAAAUUAUUAUUUAAUUGUAAAUUGACAUUGUAAACGAUUAUUUUUUGUUUCUCCAAGAAGUUUUAUCAAAUGUGACUGUUUAUUUUAAAUACUGUAAAUAUGAAUUAUUAUUUUUAAUCUAUCUCUUUGGGCUUAGGGAUGCCAUCUAUUCGUGUAUUUAGUGACGAAUGUAAUAAAUGAAACUAUUUUUAUUAUAUUACCGAUAGCUACUAGUCUAAUUUGGGUCCGUCCAUAGGUAUUGUAUGUUAGGAUUUUAACACUUUUAUAAAAAUCUCCUUUGUCUAGUUUUUUACUUUCUUCAGGAACGGUAUUCUUAGUCUUAGCUCUUAUAAGUAUACUUGUACUAGCGCCGUUGGAAUUUACUUGAAGAUUAUCAUAAGAUUUUAUUCUCAAAUAACUUGGAAAUGUUUGGUUUACUCAUAAUAUUAUUUGCUUGUAUGCGUUAUAAUUUGUUACCGAUAUCGUACCAUAUGUUAAUGCAAUCUCAGAGAUUCAUUUGAGUUGAUUUAUAAAAAUUUACAAUUUUCUCAAAUUUGCUUUAGUGUUGCGUAAAUAAUUCGGAGACUUCAUUUAUUCAAAAUUAUUGAAGUUGUUCGAUUAUUGAAAAAAAUCUGUGUACUUUAGCAAGUAGUUAAGUUCCAAAUACAUAGUAAACUAUUUUUAUAUGACUUUAUUUCGAGAAUUUAAAUUUUAAGUAUUUGAUAAAUUAGAUAUACCUAUCUCGAUAAAAUAAAUCUCCUUUAUUUUUGAAACUAAAAUAUUUCCAAAGUCUUCCAUUUAAGUUUGUAAGUACUUAAUUUCUCGUACUAUAAAAACGAACUCUGAGAUUUUCUUUGUGUAUAUUUGUGCAGCGUGCGCGGACGCAUCUGUUUUGCUCAAAUUCGUUAAUUACUACACAUCACUCGUGUAUGAGGACCGUUGUUUGUAAAUAAUUAAAGGUGUAAGUUA